AUGCUUUUGCGUUUUGUGGAAGCUGCAGAGGAGUUGAUACAGCACUUGAAGAAUGAAAAUGACAAAUUAAAUGCUGAAGUUAAUGAGUUGAGAAGUGAAGUGGCCUCUGUAAUGUCUAGCAAGGACAAGCAAUGUGCACAUUGUGCAGACUACCAAAAGCUUUUGAUUGAAGACAGCCAGAAGUAUAAAGCACUUUCUGAAGAAGUUACGAGGCUGCAAAAUCUUCAAGAGGGACAUUUUAAGGGUGGCAAUAGAGAUAAUAUACCAACCGUCUCUCCUAGAAGUGCACAAUUUGUGGCAGAGAGGAUUUCUGGUAACACCACUAGAAUGAAUACAAGAAAGUGUAGCAGGGAAUCAGCUGCUGCGGCCGAAGACAGCAUUGUUACUCCUGAUUCGGCUAAUGGUAAAAUUACCACAUCAUGUGCUUUGACAGAAGACAUUCCUGAGAAAGCUUUGUCCUACGCGAAUCUUUCACAUGUUCAGCUGCCAGAAUGCUGUAAAGGCAGUAUAAGUGAAAAUGCCACUGAUCGUGGAACUUGUCUCCUUCAAGAUCUUAUUGAGUGCUUAGUGGGUAUGAAAAUAUCCACCGCUAACCAAACUGAAGGACUAUGCAUUUCAGCUCUGCAUCAAUCAAGCGGUUACUCAUUCAGCCUAACGUGGGUAGACAAAAGAGGCGGGGAGGAAGCCGAGUUGGUGUACCGGGUAUCGUCGUUGGGGACAUUUGAGAGGGUGGCGCCAGAGUGGAUGAGGGAUGUCAUUGUGUUCAACACAAAUAUGUGCCCCAUUUUCUUCGAGAGAUUAACUUGUGUAAUCAAAUUGCAUUGCUAACUGGCAAGCUUUCUCCCUCUUUCUCUCUUUGGUCUUUGAAUCAGACGUGAAGUAAAUAUGUAUAACAUUGGUGAUAACAAAUAGUUAUCGAAUUAUUACCGACUAAGCCUAUUGACAAGUUUUUGCAUGUCAGUAACUAAAUUGAUUAUUCUACGCAUUUAC